AAAACCCUAAAACCAAACUCCUACUUCACAAAACAUUCAUUUUCUCAAUCGCCUCUUCAAAUAUUUUCCGGUAACGCAAAAAUGAGUUCCGGCGCCGGCAGUGAGAAAUCCAAAGGAGGUAGAGGAAAGCCAAAAGCUACGAAGUCAGUUUCUCGAUCUUCUAAAGCUGGUCUUCAGUUUCCUGUUGGUAGAAUCGCUAGAUUCCUUAAAGCUGGUAAAUACGCUGAACGUGUCGGUGCUGGUGCUCCGGUUUAUCUCUCCGCCGUUCUUGAGUACCUUGCCGCUGAGGUAUUGGAGCUAGCAGGAAACGCAGCAAGGGAUAACAAGAAGACACGUAUUGUACCACGACACAUUCAGCUCGCAGUGAGAAACGAUGAAGAGUUGAGUAAACUUCUUGGAAGUGUUACAAUUGCUAAUGGAGGAGUUUUGCCUAACAUUCAUCAGACUCUUCUCCCAUCAAAGCUUGGAAAGAACAAAGGCGAUAUCGGAUCAGCUUCUCAGGAGUUUUGAUUUCUUGUUGUCUACUCUCUUUGUUUGUAACAUAGACUGGUCUCUCUCUCUCUUCUACAAUAGUUUUGGGAUUUCAUAUGGCUUUAAAAAAUCUGUGUUUGCAAAUCAAGUAAUGAAUAUGGUUUGAUA